AUGGGCCACCUGUGCCACGCGUGUGCCGUGUCUGAGCACGCGCACACAGCAGGGAUUGAAGGGCGGGGGGAAUCGGGGUCCUUCCUCAGCCUCACUCCUGGUCCCCGUUCCCCGGCAGCGGGGCGGGGAGCACGCAGCCCCCCCGGCCGGGCCCCGCGGUGGCGGCCCGGGGGAGCGGGAGGCAGCGGCACGGGGCGGGGAGGAGCGGAGGAGAGCGGCGGCACCGAGACCGGUCCCGGCGGCCAGGGCACCGCGGUGGGUCGGUACCCGGCGGGCUCCGGCGGCCCCGGCUCCGCGGCGCCUCCGGUACUCCUGGCAGGCUCCGGUGCCCCGGGUGGCUCCGGUACCAUUGGAAGGCUCCGCUGCCCGGUGGCGGCUGCGCACCCCGGCGGCUCCGGUGUCUCGGCUCCGGGCACAGGCGAAGGAGGCAGCGGCCGCAGCCAGAAAAUCCCGCGCACCUCUCCAUGGACAAUCCAGGCCCCCCUUUUCCCCGGGGGUCACCGCGGCAGCACAUCCCCAGGGUGCCCCAUCCCCGCGCCCCGCCUUGGGGGUCCCGGGGGGCUGCAGUGCGCGGCCACAGCGGAUCCCCAGCGCCUGCCCUGCCCGGGAGCCCCAUCCCGGCGGUGGCCCCGCGGCUCCGGACCCUCGCGGUCCCACCAGAGGGAGCCCAAAGGACGCGGAUGGUGGCGAGGGUGGUGGCCAGGAUGGUGGCCAGGAUGGUGGCGCGGCCGGCCGGGCACGCCACAGCCGGGGAGGCGAGGGGGGACUGCCACCCCUCCGAGCGGCUCUCAAACGCCCCCAGAGCUCCUUCCAGCCGCCACACAGCCCGCGUGUGUGUCCCUCCGUGAGCCACCCCUGCCCGGGGGCUGCACCCCCUGCCAGAGCUCUCCUCCAGCCCAGGCCUGUGCAGGGAAUUUGAAGCUGGACAGGUCGGAAAACAGCGGCUGUGGCAGCAAAGAGGGUGUUCCCAGAGCCCGAAUCAUCGCUCUGACAAGUGGAUUUCCACCAGGUCAAGCCAUCGCCCGACACCACGUCCAAACUGAGAGCACGGUGAAGCAUCUCUGCUCGGAUCACUUUGUGGUGGGUGUAGUUAGCCUAAAUUAACGCAGGCGCAAAGCACCAGAAAGGGAGGGUUGGAAAGAUGCUCCUGGUGCUUUUGGAACGUCGGCUUGUGGCAUUGCACCAGAAGAUUUCCCGUUCACACCUCGUCGUUCCACAGGUUUGGGUACUGUUGGACACAUUGUUGGUGGGAAAAGGGAGCAGGAUGGAAAUAACCUGCCAGAUGGGGAUGGGAGAUGGGUGGAGGGAGAGUCAGAGAAGAAAUAUUGCAGGCAAUGCUUCAUGAUGUCAGAGGAAAGUCCCUCCCAUUUGCCCAGCAUUUGCUCGUUUAUUUAAAGCCUAUCAUUAGUGGCAGCCAUGUGGAAGGGGAUUUAAACCAGUCCUGAGUGAAUUAGGUGCCACAUUUUGACCAUGUGUCUAAUCUACCAAAGUCCUCUCCAAAUCCUGCUUUCCACUGAAAAUUGCUGCUUUCUUCAUCAGCCAGGAGGUCUGGGGGCUCCAGCCCUUCCCCUGCAUGAGGGAAAUUUUGGGCACAUGAGAGGCUGGGGCUGAAAGCAGGAGGCUGCCACAGUGUCAACAUGAAGUAGAGAGGCUGUGGGCCAGGGAAAAUCAUGGAAUAAAUGGGAUGUGGGCCAAACUCAGGCAGACAGUGCCAGGCUGCUACUCAGAACUGCUGCCAGAGCAGUCUGGCACAGACAAGGAGAGGAAAUCCCAGCCAGACCUGGAAUUUAAUCUUGACUUCCUGGUGAAGUGGCUGAAAAUGUUCAGCUCUUGGGGACUUCGUGGCACAGAAGCAAUGAGAGGCCAAGACACUUGUGAGAGGCCAUCAAGCCUGGCUGGGAAACCCCAACAUGGCCAUCAGGAGGAAAACACCUCUAUGGGUUGAGCUUGUGCCCCAGACUCCUCACAGAAGUCCCAGAGAUGCUGGAAGCAGGGUGUGCAUGUCCCAAGCCUUGUGGUGAGACAGCUGAGUUGGGGAAAGUUGCCUGUCCAUCUGGGAAACACCUCAAGGAGGGAAGAGAGGAGAAAACAGGAAUUUCCUUAGAACUGCCAUGGCAGGCAGGAACACAAAGGGAAACUGAGGCAUAGGAGAGUGGACUGGUGGGAUGGGGUGGGACAGGGCAGUAGAAAUGUGUGGAUGCAGAGCUGUCCCCAGCCCUCUCCUGUAGAGCUGCUGCUGAGGGUGGCAUUAGGUGGCUGGCAAGUGUAGGGUUAACCCAGCCCAUCCCUUCCCAGGUGCUGCCCAGCCUGGCCCAGGUGGUGCCAGGUGGGAAAGGGCUGGGGGAAGCCUGCAGGAAGGGCUGAUGGGGCAGAGGGGAGAGGCUGCUGGCUCCAGGCUUGGAAGGUGGUGGCAGCAGAGCUGUGCUGCCACACCAGAGCCUGUUCCCUGCCUGGAAAGCUGUUGUACUGACAGCACUGGGAGUUUUGCUUUGGUGUGACUGUGCCAGCCUCAUGGCUUUCACCCACUCACCACCAUCCUGCUGGAGAGGAGAACUGGACUGGCUGGACCUGUUGUGCUUGUGAGAUGUGGGUUUGGGAUUAUCCUUAGUGGGUGCAGGUGGGAUGUUUAAUUUUUCCUUCCAGUUUCCUUCAGAGUGUGAAAAUCAGGCUGAGAGUCUCUCCACUUUGUCCCUCCACUUAGAGAAGAACUUCAUGCUGAAGUUUCCAUUGUACUAUCUCUGAGAGCUCAUGAUGUUCUUUGAGCUUUAAUCCUCUCUAUAUGCAGCAUAAAUUUUCUGGUGGAAAAAAUGAACAUCUGCACGUGCCCCACUUUUUUUUUUCUUUUCAGUGGAAUUUCUUUUGGAUGCAAAACAAGAGUGGAAAAGUACAGCCCUGAAGUGUAUUGGUACCUGGAAAUUGAGGCUCAGAGUAAAAUCCUGUCAUAGGACACGGAGGAGAGAGUGGUAUUCUUGCACAGGGAAGGUGCACCCCAGCCCUUUUUUCUUCCAGUGGAGCAGCAAAAGUUCCAGCAACCAGUGUAAGAUGCUCCCACCUUUCCCAGCUGCCGGCUGUUGCACUGCAGAGAACAAAGCAAUAAGGAAAAUUGUGGUGUCAUUAAUGUGAUGAUUAAAUUGGCAUCUGGAGGUGUCAGCAUGAAGAACUAGGCUCUCACAUCCUCAUCCCUGCCACCCCCAUGGUCCUGCCCCUCAGCUCUGUCCCAUGCCAGACCUGGGAGAUGCUCCUUUGCAAAUAAAUUUA